AUGUUCGGUUAUUCUACACGACAACUAUAUUCUACCAGAGGUUUUCACUUGUUUCGUGGACGUGGUCGUGGUGCCGGCCGUGGCCGUGGUGCCGGUCGUGGCCGUGGUGCCAGUCGUGGUCGUGGUGCAAGUCGUGGACGUGGUGCAAGUCGUGGACGUGUUUCAAGACGUGGUCGAAUUUUUAGUCGUGGAGGCAGGCAAACAGUACGUUCAAGCUCCAUGGAUUUUGAUCAACAGGCACCAUCAGUCAAUCUUUUAGCCGAACUUGAUAUUAAUGCCGACCCGAAACCAUUCUUUAUCAAUGCCAGUGUCACGCUCGAUCAGCAUAUUCAAGCACAAACAACAAAUCUGCCUCGUUAUUUAGCUACUUUAUUCACACUCGAUGAAAACAAUGUUGAAAUCGGUCAAAAAGCUAAAGCAUGUGCAUUAGCUGCUGCAUGGUGUCGACAUGACCAUAAAUUAGCUAAUAAUAUUUUACGUCAUCGACGAUUAUUUACACUGACUGAAGUACUUAAAGCGGUUACUAUGUUAGAUGCUGGAAGACGAAUUCGUGCCUUUGAAAAACAACUUAAACGUCUUGAAUUAAGUAAAACAAGAACAAAAGCAACUAAAUUGGGUAAAAUUAAGAAUAAUAUCGAUAAUUUAAACAAACUUAAGCCAUCAACUGGAUCAGUCAGUGGUGCUGUGGCUCGACAUAUUCAACGUUGGACUCGAACAUUAACUCAACAAGAACUUGAAUAUUUUGCAUUACAUAUGCCAACAGAACCAUGGAAAAAAUUAGCUGAUAUUGUUCAUUUUAAUCCAAUCAAAGAUUUUCCUUCUCUAUCAUGGUUUUUGCCAUUUUGUUUUGGCACACCAGCACCAGAUGAAUCAAUGGUAUCGCGUUGUCGAGACUUAACCAAAGAAAAUAUUAAUAAUUUAAUUAAAGAAUUUAAAAUUCCUUAUUCUCAUUUAAAACAAUUUAAAGAUCAUUUAAAUGAUGAAUCAAAGGCAAGAAUUGCAUCUUAUGAAGAUAAAUUAGAUACUAUUAUAUGGUAUUAUGAAGAUUUACAAUGUAUAAAGCUUGAUGGUAUUAUCAGUGAAAGAUUACGAAAUGGUGAACAGAUAACUUUACCAUAUGGUAAACUUAUGGAACGUCUUUUACUUCUUCGAAAAGUACAAGACGAUGCAAAUCAAACUGCAGCUUUGCUGAACUUUCAUAGAAGACGUGGACGAGGACAAAUCACUAGCAAUUCUCAGAAUGAAUAUUCAAUACAAUCGAGCAAAAGUACAUGCUAUUCUGAUCUAUUAUCUAUAGCUGAAGUUCAACUUCAUAAAAUUAAAUUACCAUUAGAAUCACCUGUAGCUGUCAUUGGUGACGCAUCAGGUUCAAUGGAAGUUGCUAUUCGUACAGCAACUAUUCUUUCAUCCAUAUUAACAGCAGUUUGCUCAGCUAAGUUGAAUUUUUUCAAUACAGACAUGUUUUUACCUGCAUUCACGCCGAAAACAAUUGAAGAUGUUCUUACAUUAGCAUUGACAACAAAAGCUACUGGUCGUACUGCAAAUGCUGCUGGUCUAGUACCAUAUUAUGAUGGUAAGGAAAUAAUCAAAACAUUUAUUAUGGUAACAGAUGAAGAAGAAAAUACAGAGGCACAGUUAGCUGAUGGUACAUCAAUACAAUUUUUUGAUUUAUUUAUGAAAUAUCGAGCAGAAAUUUAUCCAGCUAAAUUAGUAUUUAUUUCCUUCAUUUCCAAUCAGCAUGAUCAGGGUCAAAUGUAUAUCGAAUUUCAAAAUGCGAAUGUACCAGAUGUAAUUCAAUUCAAAUUCAGUAGAGAUCGUCCAGAUUUGACAAAACUUGAUAAUCUGUUGGGUCUAUUAUCGACUGGCUCGUCAGGCACAUUUGAUGAUCAAUUAGAAAAAUUACAAAAUGAAUUUCAAAAGAAAGGUGUUGAAUCAGUUAUUACAAACUUGUUGAAUAAACAAACAGAAAAUUCUAUUCCAAUGGAAAUAGAAAUGACGACAAAAUAA